GAGAGCUGGACUGGAAGAGGAGCAACCAGGACUAGAAUCCAGUGCCCAUAUGGGAUGCCGGCACCGCAGGCAGAAGAUUAACCAAUUGGUCCUGAGAAAAGGGUGCCAGCAAUGCCUGGGUCACCUGUGGAAGUGAAGAUACAGUCAAGAUCCUCACCUCCUACCAUGCCACCCCUUCCACCAGUCAAUCCUGGAGGACCGCGACCGAUGUCCUUUACUCCUACAGCAUUAAGCAAUGGAAUCAACCAUUCUCCUCCAACCCUGAAUGGUGCCCCAUCACCACCACAGAGAUACAGCAAUGGUCCUGCUUCUUCCACAUCAUCUGCCCUAACUAAUCAACAGUUGCCAGCCACUUGUGGAGCUCGGCAGCUCAGCAAGCUCAAACGCUUUCUUACCACCCUGCAACAGUUUGGGAAUGACAUCUCGCCAGAGAUUGGGGAGAAGGUGCGGACUCUUGUACUAGCACUGGUGAACUCAACAGUGACAAUUGAAGAAUUCCAUUGUAAGCUCCAAGAGGCCACAAACUUUCCUCUUCGUCCUUUUGUGAUUCCAUUUCUCAAGGCCAACCUGCCCCUGCUGCAGCGGGAACUGCUACACUGCGCCCGGGCCGCCAAGCAGACCCCGUCCCAGUACCUGGCUCAGCAUGAACACCUUCUGCUCAACACCAGCAUCGCAUCCCCGGCAGACUCCUCGGAGCUGCUCAUGGAGGUGCAUGGAAACGGGAAGAGACCCAGUCCAGAGAGGAGGGAAGAGAACAACUUUGAAAGAGAUCCAAUUCCUCCUGAGCCUCCUGCCAAAAGAGUGUGUACCAUCAGUCCUGCUCCCCGGCACAGUCCUGCCCUCUCUGUGCCGCUUAUGAAUGCUGGGGGCCAGUUCCAUCCAACUCCUCCUCCUCUGCAGCACUACACCUUAGAGGAUAUUGCAACUUCACACCUGUACCGAGAACCCACGAAGAUGCUGGAGCAUCGAGAAGUUCGUGAACGGCACCACAGUCUUAGUCUAAAUGGAGGCUAUCAAGAUGAGUUGGUGGAUCACCGCCUGACAGAAAGGGAAUGGGCUGAUGAAUGGAAGCACCUUGACCACGCACUGAAUUGCAUUAUGGAAAUGGUAGAGAAAACAAGGCGCUCCAUGGCGGUUCUGCGGCGCUGUCAGGAAUCUGACCGUGAAGAGCUCAACUACUGGAAAAGACGGUACAAUGAAAACACAGAGAUGAGGAAAACGGGCACAGAAUUGGUCUCCAGGCAGCACAGCCCUGGGAGCACAGAUUCUCUCAACAAUGAUUCUCAGCGGGAAUUCAGCAGUAGGCCAGGAACAGGCUACGUACCUGUAGAGUUUUGGAAAAAAACUGAAGAAGCUGUGAAUAAAGUGAAGAUUCAGGCCAUGUCAGAAGUACAAAAGGCUGUCGCCGAGGCUGAGCAAAAAGCCUUUGAAGUGAUUGCCACGGAGAGAGCACGAAUGGAGCAAACGAUAGCCGAUGUCAAGCGGCAGGCUGCAGAGGAUGCAUUCCUGGUCAUCAAUGAGCAGGAAGAGUCCACGGAGAACUGCUGGAACUGCGGCCGCAAAGCCAGCGAGACGUGCAGUGGCUGCAACAUCGCGCGGUACUGCGGCUCUUUCUGCCAGCACAAGGACUGGGAACGGCACCACCGCCUCUGUGGCCAGAGCCUGCACAGCCAGAGCCCCCACAGCCAGAGCCGGCCGCUGCUGCCCGGGGCCCGGGGCUCCUCGGCCAGAUCUGCUGACUGCAGCGUGCCCAGCCCGGCCCUGGACAAGACCUCGGCAACCACCUCGCGCUCCUCGACCCCUGCCUCCGUGACAGCCAUUGACAGCAAUGGGCUCUGAGCCCCAGAGCCCGCCUGCCUGGUGGCCCCUCGCGCCAGGCGUGGAGCUGUGGGGUCACCAGCAGGAGAAGACGAGGGAACAGGAAAAAGUCCAAGCCUGGGGCAAGCACUCCCCACCCCUUGGGACUUGAUGGGACAAGCGUGCCGUUGUAUCUGCACACAGGCAGCUGGCCCAAGCUGGCCUACACCUCCGUGGAUUUCCUGAUUUGUUCCUCCCCUGCCUGAAGCUGGCAUAGCCAGCGUGCCGUGUGGGCCACAGCUCCCCCGCUCCUGAGUCUCAGACUGUCGGACGUGCCGGCGCAGCAGACACGGAGGGGCCCCUCACCUCCCUUUCCACUGUUUGCAGGUGACACAGGUUGGCCUUCUGGGACCUGAGUAGGCAAAACACGGCCCUCGGGACGCCCUCCUCUGCCCUGCUGUGCAGACUUGACCGGAAGCUCAGACGACAGGAAAGAAGUCACCAUCUCAAUAAUGACACCCAAAUAAAGAAUGAGUACCUGUUCCCCAAGCACCACACAUGAUUCUGGACAAGAGUUUGCCACCUGUCUGGCCACUUUACCUUGGGACCUGUUUUUUUCUCACUUAAUUUUGCUUGUGCCAAGUGCUGUUUCCAGUGCGUGAACCAGGCUCAGAGAGGAGACGCCUGCAGGAGCCUGCUGUCUCCGAGCAUGUCGGCCACUAGCAUCGCCAGAUUCCCAAGCCCAUCACCUUGGACCUCCCCCUCCGCCUGUCCUCUCACUCCGCUUCUCUUUAGCUCCCAGACCACGCAUAUCCAGAUCCCACGGGCAUCACCUGCCUUGGGGCCCUGCUUUGGUGGUCCUGCUGGACGAACUACGGUGUCUGUAGGAUGUGCCACUCCUAGUCUCAUCUACAUGGCCCUACCGCACCUGAAAGAUUCCUUCAGCCCUCACAGUGCUGUGUCGUUAGACCUACUGCAAUGGCUUAGUAUCAGGCAAGCAGUCUCCGCUUCCUUUUCUUACGUUACCUGUUUGGUUCCUCCCCUCUUUGAACUCAGAAAGAAAGGUUUUGUGAAACACGAGAGCCAUUUCUGGAAAGCCUGAUCCGUUGUUCUUCCCGUCUUCGAGGAGUUUCCCAGCUGCUUACCCGGCUGUCUGACAAACAGGAUGCCUCCUUUCUGUUCCCCUUCAGAGUGUCAGGGCCCAGAGCCCAAGGGCCCAGCACCCCUCUGCCCCGCGAGCCGCCAGCUCUGCACUCAUAGUGACUUCUCGACCAAGGAUUUUCAGUCUUAGAAAGAAACUUGGAACAAGAACCUUCAGAAUACUAGGUUUCAAAAUUUCAUUGCAUAUGAAGUAAGCUAUCCCCAGAGAGAGAACAGCAAAGUAACAGUGUUCCUUCGCAGCGGGCCACGUGGACUCCUGGGUGAAGUCCAGCAGUUGAUGGGCAGCCUGACGAACAGGGCGGAGUCAGCCCCACAGUGGGCCCGCCCACGUUGCCCUACGACGCAGGGUGUUGUGGAGUCUCGCGUUGGCUGCAGUGAGAGUGGCUUCCAGGGGCUCUGAUCUCAGCCUAGACUUGACCUAAGCAGGUUUUCCAAGCCUUCAGUAGCCACAAAACAGCCAGGGGAGCUCAGGCUUUAACGGAUGGAAUAAAGCGCCAGACACAACCCAGCAGUCCAUACCAGAGCUCAAGGUCAGCUUCUGCAGCUGGGGUCUGUGUGCAGUGUGCAGGUCUGGCUGCUUUCCCGGGCAGCCAUUCCAGCACGGUUCUGUUUUCCAUCUUUGCAGUACCAUUCUAGACUACGUGCUCACAGGCACUGCCAGUCUACACAGCAGGGUGGUGGUCCACACCAUGAUUCUGCUCUCAGAACCUUUGCCGGGUUGAUUCUGCUAGAGUUCACAUAGACAUCGCCAGGAUGUCUGUCCAGGACUUCCUGUUCUGAUUUGAAGAAUCCUUUCCCCCCGUUAGCUAGGGGGACAAGAGAGAGUCCAGGUUCCCUGCUCGAUUUUUGGUUCCUGCUGAUGCCACCCUAAGUUCCAGGUUGGAAACGGGCACUCAGGCUCCCCACUCUGCCCUGAGGCCCGGCCUCUCUGGUCAGUGUUUGGUGGACAGUAAAGGCAAAGGCUGACUCAAGGUCCAGAGAGUCUCAGGUCAGUUGCAAGCUUCCUGACGUUGGUCUGGAACCCAAAAGCAAAUGCAGUACCUGGCUGCCCGCCUGCUGCCAUGUCUGCACACUAUGCUGGGCUCACCACCACCUGCUGGGACCCUCCAGUCUUCUGCCAAGUGAGGGGUGACAGCAGGAACCAGGGGUGGCCAACGCGGGACCUGUCUUCGCUCAUCCUCUAUUUCCCUGCGUGCCUGCACCAUGUCCGACUCCACCCGGCCACAGUGUACCUGCUCCCCAACAGUGGCCCCAGCUCUGCAGCCGACGCUCUGGCAGAUCGUGAGGUGAUGCACAGGGUGGGGGGUCUGUUCUUGGGCCGUUCUGAGCUAAGACGUCACUGUCCCCCGGGCUGUAGGUCCAGAAACAGGACACAUCCACCCAGCACAGGCCCACACUGGUGGUGGCCGCCACCUUGCACGGGUGGACGUCUUUGCCCAUCUGGGCCAGCUGCUUACAGACAGACAGUGUACGUUUUGUCCCACGCUGUCCCAGCGUUGACGUGGCCCCCAGUAGCUCUGUGAGGCGUCGGCAGCAGCCCCUCUGGCAUCAUGCGGCAGCGGCGAGUGUUUCAGAACGAAAGCCGGGAAAAUGGCCAGUUGGCCACUUGUCCUGGAGUCCGCGGAAGGGAUUAUGGGUUGGAGAAACCAUUGGAAAUAGGACACCUCUCAGAGGCUUUCUUCAGAACUGGACUAGAACCAAGGUUCCCAGCUGGGCUCCGGGUCAGUAGCCACCGCCAACUUUCUUCGAUGAUUUUUAGCUGUUUGCAGAGAACCAGGUGGUGGCAUGCUUGAACCAAAUGUGAGGAAAGCCUGAAGGACCUGGGCUGUUCCGACAAGGGCCAGAUGGCGGCUGGCAGGAAGGAGAGCUGCCCGCCUUGGCCUGGGGCCUGGCCGAGCUGCUCAGGGGGGUCUUCCACCCCUUGGGUGUCUGUCCUUCUCGAGAAACCAAAACGUCCCCUCCUGCCUCUGCCCGCACGCGUGGACGUGCGCAUUUCCAAAGACGCCAGUGCAGUGACCUGUCCAUCACGGUCGGGGGUGGGCGUGGGGGUGGGGAUGCCCGAGGGCGGGCCUCGUGUCCCCCACGUCGUCGUCCUUGGCCCCUGCACACCCCAUCUGGUCAGGCCUACGGCUGCCCAGUGGAUACUCGCUGAUGCUUAUACCAAAUAGGGCAUGUGUGGCUGGUGUCUGCUAGGGACAGCCCUGUCCCUGCCUUGGAGUUGGCAGACAAGCAGCUGGCAGAGCUGCUUGGCUAAGAGGCGUCCGGUCCACUUCCCGGGCUUUGUGGGUGCCUGAAGAAAGCCUGCGAUGGACGUAGAGGGAGGCCUCCACACGGUCUGCGAAGUGGCGGUGAGUGUACAGCUCUGCAGGGCGCGGCCCGUCUGCGUUUUCUGUGCUUUGUCAUUUUACUCUGAUAGAACUUUUCGUUACUCAGCUCUCUGCAUAACUUAUUUAAUGUACUGUAUAAACGAACCAAAACUGUUAAAUAUGUAUUUAGUUUGUUCUACUUAAAGUAGUCAAUAAAAGGCUAUAUUCCU